CCUCCAAACUCGUCCCAACCCCCUGGGAAUCUCCUCCUCGAUCCCAGGGGAUGACUCAGGCACCGCUGGGGCCUCUCUCACACCGGGCGAUGCUGCUUCUGCCACGGCUGAGCUCCGACGGGCAGCAGCGCUGGCCUGGGCAGGCUCGCUGACGGGAUUGGGGGAUCAUGAACUGGGCGGCGUUGGAAGGGCUUCUCAAUGGGGUCAACAAGUACUCCACAGCCUUCGGCCGCAUCUGGCUCUCCAUCGUCUUCAUCUUCCGCCUCCUGGUUUACGUGGUGGCUGCCGAGCGGGUCUGGAGCGACGACCACAAGGACUUUGACUGCAACACGCGGCAGCCGGGCUGCACCAACGUCUGCUUUGACUAUUUCUUCCCCAUCUCCCACAUCCGGCUCUGGGCCCUGCAGCUCAUCCUGGUGACCUGUCCCUCCCUCCUGGUCGCCAUGCACGUGGCCUACCGGGAGGUGAAGGAGCAGAAGCGCCGCGCUGCCGGUGGGGACGGCUGCCGCCACGGCUACCUCAGCCCCGGCAAGAAGAGAGGGGGGCUCUGGUGGACCUACUUGCUCAGCCUCAUCUUCAAGGCUGGCGUGGAUGCGGUCUUCCUCUACAUCUUCUACCGCUUCUACAGGAACUACACCCUGCCCCGGCUGGUGAAGUGUGAGCUGCCCCCCUGCCCCAACGUGGUGGACUGCUUCAUCUCCCGGCCCACCGAGAAGACCAUCUUCACCCUCUUCAUGGUGGUGACCACCUGCAUCUGCAUCGUGCUGAGCCUCAUGGAGGCCACCUACCUGAUCAGCAAGAGGUGCCGUGAGUGCCUCCUGGCCAGCAGCCAGGACUCUGCUCUCUCCCACCCCGAGCCCACGGGCACGGAGGGGCAGGUUUUUCAUGGGACAGACUACAACCCCCCCGUGGCCUCCAUCCCUCUCACAGCCUCCAUCCCCAGCACGUUGCCUGAGGAGGAGACUCUUCCCUAGAGCUGCUCUGGGGGAAAGCAAGAGGCUCUUACCCUGCACCCUCUUCCUCCCCCUCCAUCCCCACGGUGGAGGUGGUGGUGGCAGCACCUUGGAGUUGGGCUGUGCCUGAAGGCUCUCUCCUGUCCUGGGGAAGGCACAUGACAUGGUUCAGCUGAAUAUGAGGUAACCCUGUGCUGUGGGACACUGUGGUUCCCGAGAACCAAGAGGGACAAACAGCUCCAUGGUGGCUGGGAGCUGGCAGCAGUGUCCAGAGGUCAAUCCCAUCCCUCCAGGCUGGCUUAGCUGGUCCUGGCUGUACCCUUGCAAUGAAUAAAAAUUUCUGUCCU